UGCAGGUGGGGAAAAAUUGCAGAGGCGCUCCUUGUGCUGUCAAAAUGGCAGCGGCUUGGGAUAAACCGGUUUUUGCUGCCAGGCGAUACCAAGAGACGACAAGGGAAUCUGCAUUUUCUUAUACAAACAGCAAUAAUACCAGAGAUCCUUUCGAAGGUCCAAACUACCACAUUGCACCUCGAUGGGUCUACAAUGCUUCAACAUGCUGGAUGAUUUUUGUGGUUUUCGCGUCAGUAUUCACCAAUGGACUUGUCUUGGUGGCGACAGCAAAAUUCAAGAAACUCCGUCACCCUCUCAACUGGAUUCUGGUCAAUCUUGCUAUUGCUGAUCUGGGAGAAACUGUUUUUGCCAGCACUAUCAGUGUUUGUAACCAGUUUUUUGGUUAUUUUAUCUUAGGACACCCAAUGUGCAUAUUUGAGGGCUACACUGUCUCAGUUUGUGGUAUCGCCGCUCUCUGGUCCCUGACUAUCAUCUCUUGGGAGAGAUGGGUAGUUGUAUGCAAACCAUUUGGAAACGUUAAGUUUGAUGCCAAGUGGGCUACAGGUGGAAUUUUGUUCUCUUGGAUCUGGUCAGCCGUAUGGUGUGCUCCCCCAAUCUUUGGAUGGAGCAGGUAUUGGCCUCACGGAUUAAAGACGUCCUGCGGACCUGAUGUAUUCAGCGGAAGUGAAGACCCCGGCGUUCAGUCCUACAUGAUUGUCCUGAUGAUUACUUGUUGCUUAAUCCCACUGGCUAUCAUUAUUCUCUGCUACCUUGCAGUGUGGUGGGCUAUCAGAACUGUUGCCUUGCAACAGAAGGAAUCGGAGUCCACUCAGAAAGCAGAGAGAGAAGUAUCCAGGAUGGUGGUCGUCAUGAUCGUGGCUUAUAUUGUCUGCUGGGGACCUUACACCUUUUUUGCCUGCUUUGCUGCGGCAAAUCCUGGAUAUGCUUUCCAUCCUCUUGCUGCAGCGAUGCCUGCAUACUUUGCCAAGAGCGCAACGAUCUACAACCCGAUCAUCUACGUUUUCAUGAAUCGACAGUUUCGCACGUGCAUCAUGCAGCUCUUUGGCAAACAAGUUGAUGACGGCUCUGAAGUAUCCACGUCAAAGACAGAAGUCUCCUCUGUGGCUCCUGCUUAAAGUGCUUAGCUACCGAAGAUUUGGGAGCCGUCAUAUUUAUUGUUUAUUUUUGCUUACAAAUGUUUGUCUAGUAUAAGCUUUCUUGCAAAUGAAAAAUAAAACAAAAAAAGCAGGCA